AUGAACGAGCGUCUGUGUGAGCGAGCUUCGACAACCCACUCCCGACAAGACACCCAGCAAUCCGUCAAAAUGGUCAAGAAGCGGGCGAACAACGGUCGUAACAAGAAUGGCCGCGGCCACGUCAAGCCCGUGCGCUGCUCCAACUGCGCUCGCUGCACCCCCAAGGACAAGGCCAUCAAGCGCUUCACCAUCCGCAACAUGGUCGAGUCUGCUGCCAUCCGUGAUAUCUCCGAUGCCUCCGUCUUCGCCGAGUACUCUGUCCCCAAGAUGUACCUGAAGCUCCAGUACUGCGUGUCCUGCGCUAUUCACGGCAAGAUCGUUCGUGUCCGUUCCCGUGAAGGCCGCCGCAACCGUGCUCCUCCCCCACGGAUCCGCUACAACAAGGAUGGCAAGAAGAUGAACCCCCCUCAGGCCGCCAAGGCUAUGUAA